ACACUGCAGUUUAUCGUGGCCGUUACUUUUUUAAAAAAAUUGUUUUGAGUGACGAAGCGACAGUAUGAUGUUCAUACCCAACGUCCACCAGAAGAGACUUUAACUUGUUUAACGCAGUUAACCGUCACAUGGGUGGCAGCUAGUGUGUUUUGUUACAAAAUGUGUUGAGCUGUGAGUGAGAGUGUGUGAGUGUGUGAGCAUUGGGGACAGACAGAUUUUUUUUUAGGUUUCUUUCAUUUCUCUCUCUGACUUAAGUUUUGCCUCAACAAUAUUACUAGAAAUGGACAGCACGGAAUAUGAAUUAGUGAGGAAUAUGACAUUGCUGUUUUUCUUUGAACGACUGAUGGACAAGGGUGGCCCGCGUACGUUGCACGACCUAAGCUGUCAGUUUGGUGCAAAAGGAUUCACCAAGGAAAUGAGACAAAUUGCAGGAGGCUCACAGUCUGGAUUAAAAAAGUUUCUCUCCCAGUAUCCAGCGCUUUUUUGUUUUGAUGGUGACUAUGUUUACGUAAAUGGCUACAGCCCCCUCAGUGUGGAACAAGAAAGUGGAAACAAUGCAGUGAAAUACAGUAGUGGGAAACGAGAUUAUGCUCAAGAAGCUGUCGAAUAUUUUAGCCACAAGUUAAUGCAAUAUGGUGCCGGUAUUGAUGUACCCAUUAAAAGUUUGUUGGGUCACCGUUCCCAAGCUUCACCGGAGGUGAGACACAUCUCAGGCCAAAACAUAAGAGAGUUUAAAGAAUUUUUGUUAAAAUAUCCAGAUGCUUUUGUAGUGAAGGAAGAUACGGUUAUAUUGAAAGAAUAUGAGGGAAAGGAACCACAGCCUUUCCGUGAAUUUGAACUGAUGAAAGUGGAUCAAGAAGUAACAUCUGGCUUGCUUGAAUUUUUCACGAAGUGCAUAGACUCCAGAGGUCCAAUGUUGGUGGAUCAACUUUUUAGUAAAGCAACUGUAAGGUUUCCUCCUGAACAUCUUUCAUAUAUUUUCAAAACGCCACAAGACCUUCAGACCUUCUUAAAAAUGCAUUCUGAUGUGUUUAAUGUGCAGUCUAAUCUUGUAACAUUAGUGUUGCCUAAGAACUGUGUUAGUCAAAGUGAUUCACUUCAAACAAGUCCAACACACCAACAACAGAUCAGAAGCAGUAGUGCAGUCAACAAUGGUCAGUGUGCCAAACCUCUUACUCAAGCGAACAAUUCAGCAGUUUGUCAGUCUGUUAGUCAGCCUCUACAAAAUCCCCAAUAUCAGUCCCUAAAGCAGCGUAUUAAUUCUUUAGUGAUGAAGACAUUAGCAGAUAAUACAGAGAAGGAUCGCUCAUAUGCAGCAACUUCUUUAGUGAAUGACAGUGGAAGUGCUGAAGUCUGGAAGGCAAAAAUAAUGCAGGCAACUAGAGUCGUCGUGAAUGUGAAAGAAUCUCUUCAGAUUGUUGAAGAUAUUUUGUCGGCCGCAAAAUUGGGAAAACCUGUUGCAGUGUCAUUUGACUGUGAGGGAAUAAAUUUAGGUGUUAAAGGGCAGCUGACAUUAUUUCAAAUUGGAACAUUAUCAGGCCAAGCAUAUUUGUUUGAUUUAAUUACAUGCCCCUCUUUGGUGUCAAAUGGUGGCCUGCAGAGACUGUUGGAAUCUGAGAUUGUUACUAAGGUUGUUCACGAUUGCCGAAACGACAGUGUCAAUCUUUUCAACCAGUUUGGUAUCACUUUGAAAAAUGUUUUUGACACACAGGCCGCACAUGCAGUGUUGCAGCUCCAAGAAUUGGGCAAGCCAGUUUACAAGGUGCAAAAUGUUAGUCUGAAUGCUCUAUGCGAGAAGUACGAUGCUCCAUCCAACCCUCUGAAGGAACAGCUGAAGAAUGUAUACCGGCGAGAUCAGCGCUACUGGGCACGGAGGCCACUCUCACGUGAUAUGUUGCUGUAUGCUGCUGCAGAUGUGCUCUCUCUUGUGCCUACGAUCUACCAGGCAAUGUCCAAGCUAAUUAAACCAGAGUUUCAAAGCUUAUUAACAGAACUUUGUGAGGAGCAGGUGUUUCUGCACAUCUGUCCAUCCGACGUUAAGCACCGUAAGAAGCAAAGGAAAGUUGAAACCGAAGUUGCUGAACUGAGGCUGAAGUUAUCAACACUUCAGAGUAAAAAUAUAGUUCUUAGCAACCGAGAAAUUAGGUUGUUGAGGUAUCUAGAUCUCUCAGAGGAGGAGAAAGAAAAACUGAAAGGUUCUUACAAAGUAGCCCGUAAAUUGGAGAAGCUGGAAAGUGCUGGUCAAGAUAAGGAUAUUAAGAGUGACGAGGAAGAUGACGACGACGAUGAUGAAAAUGGUGAGGAUGGCUGUGCCAGUGGUAAAACUUCUCCAUCAUCAGCAGACAUCACUUCACCAAGAACACCGAAUUCUGGACCCCCGAGCCUAACAGAAUCAAUGCAGCUGAUGGAUGAAAUUCUAUCAGAUGGGCGCAUGGACAGGCUGGAGAAAAUUGAGAAAUUGGAGUCUAUUUUGUCUGCUGCUACCUCUGCUGCAGUUGUGUCAAGGAGCCAGCAGACUUCAGCAAACUCAAACACUCAGACCAGUAGUAGUGAUGAACAAGGACCUUGCAGUUGUCAGUGCCAUGCCCAGAAACUUUUAAAUAAGAAACCCAUAAAAGAAAUUGACUGUAUCAAAAGUACUGAUGUGUCAUGCCAGACACUUUCAACUGGUGAUAUUGUUAUAACUCGGAUAUUCUUUACAGAGGAAGAGAAGGAACGAGAAAGAACUAUUACAUCAUCUCCCAAAAGGGAGAUAUCUCACAAUUAAGUAUUAUCUCUGUUGUAGCUUUUUCAUCCAUUUGUCUGCUAAUGUAAUUAUUACAGAGGCUGGCACAGACUAUGAGAAGUAUUUCAGAAUCAAAAAUGUGCUUCGGUCUCGUGGGCUUGCUGGUAAUUAGUUAGCAGUGAAUAUUAGUAUGUGUUCAAAAACCAGUAAAUAUGCAAACAUA